CUUGGACCUCCCCCCUGUCCUGUUACCUGUCUCUAGUUGAUCAUUAAUGUUCCAGUCAGACAGGAAGUGUUCAGAUCAACGCAGAGACGACCUGGCAGAAGAAAAUGGCUCUAAAUCCUCUCGGACCCAGGAGAAUCCAGGUGGACAAAGCGUGAAUUCACAUUACAGAUAGGAUGGGAAGAACAACAAACUGCAGCUGGAUUGGACCUGAGAUCCCGCUGUCGUCACAGUUUUUUAAUGUCAUCAAAGAUGAGCUGUGGCUCUUCCUCAUUCCGGCCGGCCUGGCUGUCAUCAUCCUGGGGGUGUUUCUGGAGGAGGUGGGCUUCUUCCUGCGUCACAUCCGCUCAUCCAGACGGAAACAGCUCUACCUGUGGAUACUAGGGAUGUACCCGGUGUUUGUCACCACCUCCCUCAUAGCGCUGUACAUUCCUCGCUCCUCCUCUCUGUGUAACUUCAUCGCCUCACUGUAUCACUCCAUCACUCUACUGAAAUUCAUGGGGCUGAUCACAGACUUCUUCGGUGGGAAAGCACGUAUGCUCUCGGCUCUCUCUGGUCAGCAGGUUUCUCCUGAUCCGUUCCCUUGUUGCUGCUGCUGCUGCCUCCCAAUGGUGUCCAUCAACAGCAGCAGCCGUGGUUGGAUGAUGGCUGCCGUGCUGCAGCUCUCUGUGGUCCGCAGUAUUUUGUUCUUUGUCACUUUGGUUCUGUGGACGGAUGAACAGUACGACUACGGUGAUGUGGAUUCAGUCGACCCAAACCUUUAUGUUAAUGGCAUCAUUUGCGUAUCCACCUUUGUGUCCUUUUACGGCCACCUUCUCUUCUACAAAGCCACUAAGAGCGCUUUGCCUGGCUACGGACUGAGAGCCAAGUUCAUCUGCAUCAUCGUGGUGUUGGUGCUGUGUGGCCUGCAGAGCGGCAUCUUGGAGACUAUGGGAGCUUUGGAGGUGAUCCCCUGCAUGCCGCCUUUCUCUGUACUGACCAGGUCACAGUUGAUCUACCACUACUGUGUGAUUGUGGAGAUGUUCUGCAUCGGCCUGUACGCCCGCCACACUUUCCGUAAGGUAGAACCCAGCGUCGUAGAGGAUGUGGAGAGGCUGGUCAGUACGACGGAGACGGCCGUCCAAACAGACGAUGUUCAGAGGACUCAUCCAGAGCCGGGCCGACCAUCAGAGGAACUUUGGCCCGGUCGCUGCCUCGCUGGCACCUCAAAUCCGAGCUUCAGUCACAUAGAGGAUAGUCUGUGCAGGAUAGAGCACACACCUCUGGACGGUUUCCCCUUUCCUCGGGUGAGACCACAGACGUCCCGCAGAAAAGAAGUGGUAGAGCUUAAAUCUGUAGAUGAACCUGGUGAAGAUGCGACCCACAUCACUGUCAGAGCUGACAUUAAUUAUCAAGCAUCUAAAGAUGUCACUGUGGUUUGAUCAUCCAUGGAAGAAAUAAAAAAAGACCAAUAUGAACUAAUGUUUCUGCCACUGGCUUGGAUGUGUCAGGGCAAAGACCCACCAUCUCAAAACCCUAAAAAAAACUCAUAUUUAUCAAGAAAACUUAGACAAAGUUUCAAUACUCAUCCUCACCAUUAUGCAAAGUCACUUAAUAAUGUUUACACCUCAUGUUUUUAGUUUCUUAUUCAUUACUGCACCAAGCACCUGCUGAAAAUGAAAAGUUUUGCUACAUGAACUUUUUCAGUGUAAGAGCCCUGGAACUGUAUUUGUGAAAUGUUAUUUUUUUUUGUGCAAGAAAAUCAAGGAAAAUAUUUAACCCCCCAAACAUUGACAGCUUGCACACUCAUUACAUACUUAGAGGUUGUCUGAAGUUAGUAGCAUCUUUUUUUACUUGCCAAAGCACACAAAUAUGAAGUUUUAAUCACA